AAUAUGCACACAAUGUAUAAAAAUAAAUUUAUGAAAACAAAUAUCCUCAUAAUGUGUAAAUUUUAGAGAAUGUGUGAGCACGCACUAAAUAAUUAUUGCAGUAAUGGAAACUCAAAUUUGAAUUUGUAAGAAUAAAGAUUAAGUAAAUAAUGUUUUAACAUGAUGGUAGAAUAGAAUUGGGAAUUAGCUACAGCCUAUUAAUGUGAUUACAGUUGCUGCAGAAUUAAAAUCCAUUAAUUCAAGAUAACAUAAAUGUUUUGUGGAUAUGUUAUACUUACUUCUACUCUACAAUAAAUUUUCAAUUGCUGCAGGAUCAUCAAGAUCCUGAUUAGCUACCUCAAGGAUAUGCUGCAGUGCAUAAUGGAGUUUGAACAAAAAUCCACGGUACAAAGAACCAACAGGUAAUUUCACAAUUUUUGAACUUGAUGAAAAAAUUACCAAGCUUAUAUCUCAACCCGAACUGGGUAAGGGUGAUGAACUAUACCAGGCUGUAUACACACUUCACUUGGAGUUGCUAGAAAUACAUGAUGUAUUUAACUGGCAUCGUGACUGUCCAAAAUCCUUGGCACUUGGAAAAGAAAUUGUGAAACGAAGUGGUUUAAACAUUUUUAAGACUUUCAUAAAUGAAGAAAGUUUGAAAGAUGUCUAUAAAUACAACAAUGCUCAGGUAUAUGAAAUCGUUGAUUUAAUAACGAAUUGUGAAAGAUUGUAUAACUCUUCUGAACCCAUUAUAAAACAGGGUGAAGUAAAUUAAUGAUUUUUGAAUUUAUUCCUUGUAAAUAAUACUAAAUAGACCAAGGGAAGAAAUCUAUACACCUCUAAAUGUAAACUUAUAAUGCUGUAAUUUUAGGUACUACAUUUUUUGUUCCGUGAUCAUUUUAAAAUAUUCUCCAACUGUACAUCAAUGAUUAAAAGAAAGAAUUUGUUUGGAUGGUAGUUAAUGCCAGUGGUGGAGGAAGGAAGAGAAAACUUCUGAUUUUUUAACACUAGCAGACAACCAAUUAAAUCCAAUUUUAAUAUCCAAGAUAGUAAUUUCAAUGGAAUUAUAUAAUAUUAUGAUGCCAUUAUAUUUUUUAAAAGCAAACUCAGAACAAUAGACGUAAAACUAUAAACUUGUUAGGUGAUAAACACAGUGGUGCAGUCUAGUUCUGUUUGAAUUACCAUUGUAUUGGUCAAUUUAUCCUGGUAAUUUGCAAUAAUGUGUUGUGAAUGCCAAGAAUGCAUACAUAAGUACUGGUUUUUUACUGAUUAUUUUGUUUGCAUCAAUUAUACAAAUAUCAAGAUCAACAGAUAUCUUAUUGUAUUUAUAAUCUGAUGUGGUGAAAGCAUCGACAAAGGAACAAGGUUAGGAUAUAUGGGUCCAAUGAUGCUAGUAGAAAUUUACGUUACUCUGCUUUCUUUUAUGUUUGUCAUCACUUCUGCUAUGGAUGCUAAUGCUCCUCUACACUUGCUGGACCGUCGUAUCUAUGAGGAGCUGAGUGAACCCACAGAGACACUCGGACGAGGUGAUUUGGUUCUCAAAGAAAUGAUAGCCUACUACUGUAACCUUUAUGAUGUCUUCAACUACCUCAAGUGGAAAGAUGAGAAAGGUUUGGAGAUGAUCGAUGUGCUGGAGAAAGAAGGGGGCCCUAAACUGCCCAGUAUGGAAGUUAAUGGGGAAGCCAUCAAAAGAGCAUACAAGUGGGAAGAUCGUGAACUGGAAAUGAUAACGACGAUGCUCACCUCUAUCAAGUCUUUAUGGAACAAAGUAACGGAUAAGGUGUAUCAGUUUAGUAGUUCGCUAAAUGUACCACAUAGAUUCUAAACUAAUAGUAUUUAUUUAAUACACAACUAUUCACAGUGUUUUAUAUUCAUUCUUUAAGAAGUUUAACAGCUAAUGUAAUUAAUAUAAACUUUUCCAUAAACAACAAGUAUUGAGUCGUUUUGUGUGUAGAGAAUGUGGUGCAAUGUGUAUUCCUUUUAAAAAAUGGCCAACUGUUUACAUUGAAAGCUAAUUAAAAAAUUGUGGGAAAAUUGUUUAUCUGUACGGCAAGAAGCUGAAAUUUCUCUCCAUGAAAGUGUAAGUAGUCUUUGGUCUUGCUUUCAGAGUAAGUUACUGAAUAAGAUCCUGUGAAAAAUAGAUUAUUAAGGUUGGUUUUGGGAAAUCUUUGACCUUAAAGUCUGAUGAUUAGUUUUUAUCUCAUAAAAAUCCAAAAAAAGGUUUCAUUUAAUGUAAACAUCUCGAAUGCCUAACAACAUAUUAUGAAUGUCGGAUUAGACAUUACUCUUCAUACCUUAAAUCUAUCUAAUGCCACUGUUCUACUUAAAAAAUAUCCUUCAGUAAAUAUAAAAAGUUAUAAAUCAACAAGUUGACUGAUGUUGAACCUAAGAUAAUAUCAAAAUUAUUUAAGUAGAGUAAUGUUGCUUAGAUUCAGUAAAGAGAACAGCAAUUGGUGGUUUGUCAUUCAAUGUUCAAAAAGUAUGUAUUAUCGAAUAACUGUCUCGUGGUCUUAGACAAUUUUCUUGAAAACCUAAUAAAGUUUUAACAUAAUAUGAGUUUUAACUCUCUAAUUUAAUUUUACCAUUAUUACUCAUUGUUUUAUUACUAGAUUCUAAUGAAAUUAGUAAUAUGAGAGUUAUGGGUAAAAAUGACAUUGUGAGGUCAAAUUCAUAGUUCAGCCAGGGAAAGUGAUAUUCAGAGCAACCCUAACCUUUAGAAAUUAUUUUGAGUGUAUCCCCUUAGCAAAGCCCUUAAUCAUAUAUAUCCAAACUAAGAGAUGUUUAAAAAAGAUUAUUAAUUUUAAACUGCUAAAACAGAAUUGUAUUAAAACUUUAAUAAAAAUUCAUAUAUAAAAUGCAGACUUCUAAAUGUAUUCAGAAAUAUAUACUGUUCUUAAAGCAAUAACACUCUUCAUCUCUAGCAAUUCAGUCAUUGAUCUUUUACUCAAUUCACUCAAUUGAGUCAAUAUAAAUUAUCGCUGUGAGAUUGCAAUACAAAUCUACUUAUUAUUUUAUUGUGGUAAAAUAUUUAAUGUUGAUUUUUUUUUUAAAGAACACUAAUGCUGUUUUUACACAAUUAUUUUGUUAUUAUCUGGUCCCAGAUGACAUGAGUAACAUCCAAAAACACGUUCAGUUUAUUUAAUAUAUCAUCUCAGUUGAAUGUCAUAUAAUUUUGGAUUGACUAUAUUACAUCAUAGGUUUUCACUAGGAAAGAGCUUUGGGCCAAUGGCCAUGCAAUAUGACCAUUAAGAAUUUGUCUCCAAAUUGCUCCAUUGGGCUUAAAUUUUUCAAUGACAAGUAAUGAAAUCUGAGAAACUGCUCAACAAAUUAAUAUGAUCAUUUACAUUGAAAUGCAAAAAUACCUCAUAGGUACUUAUUGAAACGGUUUUGCUCUCCUACUUCUUUGCUUUAAUUUUUGUCCUUUUAACAUAAAUAUUCAAUAAUUCUUAAUUGGUUUGGACAUCUUCCAGUGAUUGUCAGUUAUCUCAAAGAAGUUAUAUAAAUAUGAGUCCACCAUGACUCUCCUAUUACUGUGAAAAACUGUAUAACUAAGAAUAGGCUCCAAUCACGUUAACACUUCUGACAUGACGAAUCAUUUACAAUAGUACUUCAGAAAUACAAUUAAUUACUUCUUGAUUAGCAAUUGGUAAGAUUAAAAGAUAUCACCUGCCAUUUUUAAAAGCUGGAUCAGUUUAUGCAAUGUUUACCUCCAACAGAUUAAGUGAUGUGCAUGAGUUCACUAACAGUGUCACUUAUGUUAUUGAUAGCUUUCAUUAUUCUUUUUGGGAUAUUUCAAGUAACAGAGAGUGUCCAGAGAUCUUUGACAUCUGCAGAGCUCCAGGAUCAUCAUAAGCGUGUGGAGAAGACAAUAUCUAUGGUUAUUGACUAUUAUCUGGAAUUGUAUGGUGUAUAUCGAGCGUACAAAAAGAAUCCAAAUCAAGAUAUAACCUUGAUAGAAAAAUUACAGGCAAAAGAACCCGUGGUAAACAAGGCACUUCAAGAAGACAACACUCAUUGUGAAGAGAAACAAAUGAAAAUAUUAAAUAUGACUUUGACUUGUAUCGAGGAAAUGUGGAUGUUUGUCAUGAAAAAAGCAGGAAUUCAUCAAACAGUUUAUUAGUUUAUAGCAGUAGGUUCAGUAAUAAAAUAAACACCUCAUAGGUUAUUUUAUGAAA